CCAUGAUGCAAUCCUAUACACGAAAGGUGUUGUGGUCACUCUGCCCUAAGUCUAAUGUCGAUGAUGAUGUAAUUACAGCCAUGGCUUGCCAAUUGAGCCUGGAGGAAGUUUGGAGGGAUGUUGGAGAUGGAAGAGUAGUCUGUUAUCUGCCUGCUGAACUACAAGAAAUGGUAAUUAACUAUGGCAUGACAUCGAAAAAAGCUCUAGAG